CCCUUAUAAAAGUGACUAAUUUACGUACAAACCCCCGCCUUAUUUAUCUUUGGUCCUUAUAUUAUUAUCACACCAAAAUAUUUUAGCGCCCCAAUUUCGCUUGAUGAGCAUUCAUGCGAUCCCAUUCGCCCAUUGUUGUUGGGUUCUUCUCUCUCCUCUCCCGCAGGAUGUCUUCUUCUCUGUUCCAACCCCCCAUCCAAACAUCUCCUACCAUUUGGCGAACCAUGCUUAUUAAUCUCUUGCAAAUGGCCACUGAGUCCCAGAAUUUAACUUCGGGAAAAGUUGUUCAUGCCCAGGUCAUCAGAACCUUGGAAUUUGAUAUUAUACAUGCCAAUUAUCUUAUAAACCUGUAUGUAAAAUGUGGCCGCCUUGAUAUCGCUCGUCACGUGUUUGAUGUAAUGCCGGAAAGAAAUGUUGUGUCCGGUAAUGCGCUAAUGGUGGGCUACUUCCAUAGUGGGUACCCUUUCAAGGCCGUUGAGUUGUUCAAGUCAAUUGAUUUUGGUGAGCUAGCGGAUGGCCCGAAUGAAUACAUCUUUACGACAGCUUUGUCGGCUUGUGCUAAUAUAGGGGCUCAUGAGGAGGGUCGGCAAUGUCAUGCUUAUGUAUUGAAGUCCGGAUUGGUCUUGUAUGCUCAUGUUCGCAAUUCGCUUCUCCAUAUGUAUUCCAAAUGUUCUGGGAUGGAAGAUGCAUUAGGUGUGUUCAAGGCCCUGCCUAGUUUCGAUGUGUUCGCUUUUAAUUCUAUGAUUAACGGGUUUUUGGAUCACGGGCAGUUGACCCAAGCUGUGGCCUUGUUGAGUUGUAUGGUUAAAGAAAUUGUUCGUUGGGAUCAUGUCUCGUUCAUUGCGGUCCUCGGCCUUUGUGCGGGUUUGAAAGAUUCAACUUUGGGCCGGCAGGUCCAUUGUCAAAUCUUAAAAAGAAGAAUGGAGUUUAGUGUCUUUGUUGGUAGCGCGAUCAUAGACAUGUAUGGAAAAUGUGGCGAUGCCCAAAAUGCUCAGAUUGUUUUCGAGAUGCUUCAGAACAAGAAUGUAGUUUCUUGGACAGCUGUCAUGGCCGCGUGUGCACAAAACGAGUGCUUCGAAGAUGCGCUGAAGUUAUUUUUAAAGAUGGAAAUAGAUGGCAUUAGUCCGAACGAGUUCACUUAUGCAGUUGCUCUCAAUUCCUGCGCCGGUUUGUCAGCUUUGAGAAACGGCGACGCCCUGAAUGCUCACAUAGAAAAAUCAGGGUAUAAAUCUUCCCCGUCCAUUGAUAAUGCUUUGAUUAACAUGUAUUCAAAGAGUGGCAGUAUUGAAGAUGCGAUGAGAGUAUUUACGACAAUGUCUCAUCAUGACAUAAUCUCUUGGAAUUCGAUUAUAACUGCAUACUCCCAUCAUGGGCUUGCGAGAGAAGCUCUCGAAGCUUUUAAUAAUAUGCUGGCUGCAGCUGAGGUUCCAACUUAUGUAACCUUCAUUGGGGUGCUUUCAGCUUGUGGGCAUUUGGGUUUGGUCGACGAAGCAUUUUACUACUUAAAUCAUUCUAUGCAGGAGCUAGGAAUAAAGCCUGGGAUAGAACAUUAUACUUGCAUCGUCGGUCUCUUGUGUCGAGCUGGGCUAUUAAAUGAGGCUGAUUGGUUUAUGAGAUCUACAGGCACAGAUUGGGAUAUUGUUGCAUGGCGAACUCUUCUAAGUGCUUGCCAAGUGCAUAAAAAUUAUGGUCUAGGCCACCGAGUUGCUAACCAUAUUAUUGAAUUAAAUCCCAGUGAUGUGGGAACUUAUAUUUUGCUAUCUAACUUGUAUGCUAAAGAGAAUCGAUGGGAUGGAGUAGUGAAAAUUAGGAAGAUAAUGAGAGAAAGAUACAUUAAGAAGGAACCUGGUGUUAGUUGGAUACAAGUAGGAAGUGUAGUCCAUGUUUUUACUUCAGAAGAUAAGAAGCAUCCAUGGAUGACGCAGAUCAAUGAGAAAUUAGCAGAAUUAAUAGGCCAGAUAAAGCUUAUUGGAUAUGUUCCCAAUAUUGAUUCAGUUUUGCACGACGUCGAGGAUGAACAGAAGGAAGAGUACCUCAGAUAUCAUAGCGAGAAAUUGGCUAUUGCUUUCGGGCUUAUUCGGACUCCUCAAGGAGCUCCAAUUCAUGUCAUGAAGAAUCUGAGGAUUUGUGAUGAUUGUCAUGUUGCUAUCAAGCUCAUUUCAAUCGUGACCAAGAGGAGAAUGGUUCUGAGAGACGCCAGUCGGUUUCAUCGAUUUGAGGGUGGAGUAUGUUCUUGUGAUGAUUACUGGUGAAAUGAGAAGAAUAGCCUUGACUGCUGUAAAGAAACUUCUGAUUGAGCUCAGUUUGCUGAUAAUAUGUUAAUCAUAGAGAGAAUUUUCUUGUUAGUCCAUUUCAAUCUCCAUGGGUGACGACGGAGUCCCGUCACGCCUACCGGCUUUUCAUCCCAUUCUGCAUGAAGGUUGGCGAAGGCCAAACCGAAGCCGCUUUCUGGGCCUUGUCUUCAACCGGGCUCUUCUGGCAGAUGUCUGGACCGCGCGUUUUGCUGAAUUCUUGGGCAGAGUGGUUUCACUUUGAGUGUAACGUCUGUGUGGAGGGAAUUUACUCUUGGCACGCUGCAGGUGAGGUUUUGUGGCUUGAUCCCAAAGAAGCGCGUGGCGGCACCAUGGAUAAUUGGCCAAUGGGAUGGCAAGUUGAGCUUCAUGAGCUUAAUUGAUUGGCGGCGGACCCAUCUGUGGUUAUGGAACCAAUCCCAAUCCUCUUGGUCCUUCAGGAUUUUGCUUACCAUCGAGGACAUCGCACGCGGAAAUCCUGACUUCUUCGCUUCCAUGGGCCUCCGGAUGAAUCUAAGAAAUCGAAAUGCCGAAUCAUUGGAUGUCAUUCUCGGCAGGACUCGUGCGUCGAUAUUUGCACUUGGGGCUGGUUUUAUCUUGCUGCAAGUAAAUUUUCACAUGCUCUGCUAUGAUGCAACAACUGGAAAGGCGUGGAAAUUAAAGCGACGACUUUGGGGCUACAAAUGUAGUACAAGACCAUUUGCUUACGUGAAUAGCCUUCUUAAACUGAAAGUCCCGUUGUUGAGUGGUAGCUGGUUGCGUUUUUGAGUUAUUUAUCAUAGGCACUUUCUUUUUUCGUUUCUUCUAAUUGAUAACAACGGCUGUGUAUCCUUUUGCAAUGCAAGUGAUUGGU